CCUUGCAUUAACAAGAUGGCUGCUCCUGGAGAGUACUUUGGUGUCGGGAGUCAGAUUUCCUGUCUGACGUGCCUGGGCCAGCAGUUGCACGGGGAGGUGGUCGCCUUUGAUUACCAAUCCAAGAUGUUAACUUUAAAAUGUCCUUCUUCCAGUGGGAAGCCCAGCCAUAAUGAUGUUCUACUGAUUAAUUUAGCUUAUGUUUCGGAUGUUAAAACAAUUAAUGAUCGCGCUGAAACUCCACCACCCUUAGCUUCACUGAAUGUUAGCAAGCUUGCCAAUCGAGCACGGACUGAGAAGGAAGAGAAAUUAAGCCAAGCUUAUGCAAUUAGUGCCGGAGUCUCUCCAGAAGGCCAGCAGCUUUUUCAGACUAUCCAUAAGACCAUCAAGGAAUGUAAGUGGCAAGAGAAGAGCAUAAUUGUCAUGGAUGAAGUUGUAAUUGUACCACCUUACCAAGCUGAGAAUUGUAGAGGCAAAGAGGGAAGUGCAUUAAGUCAUGUACGCAAAAUAGUCGAGAAACACUUUAGAGACUUGGAAAAUCAGAAGUUAAUGCAACAACGUUCACAGGCACAGCAGGCACUGAAGGAAACUGCUUUGUCAUCCUGA